AUGAGCAUGGAUUUUGUGUUCGGCCUACCGAAAGAUUCGGAAGGCAACACUGGUAUUGUGGUCUUUGUUGACCGAUUGAUCAAGAUGGCUCACUUAGCGGCUGUGCCGGAUAGCAUCGAUGCUGAAGGUACAGCAAAGCUGUUUAUCGACCGUGUGUUUCGCCAACAUGGCUUGCCGGUGGCAAUUAUCUCUGAUAGAGACCCCCGCUUCACUGGGAAGUUUUGGAAGUCUAUCUUCAAGGUGCUUGGCACUCGGUUGGACAUGUCCACAGCGGAUUAUCCGCAGAUUGACGGUCAAACUGAGCGUUAA